UAAAGGGGCGAAACAAUCACUUGAAAUAUUUUCAAAACUGGCAUCAAAACUACUUCGAUAGUCAUUAUCAGUAAACGGCUAAAAACAGGAAACGGCCAUAGAUAGCGCCAUCUGGAAGAACCAUGCAACAUACAAUUCACCGACCACUGCCGAACACCAGCUGAAAGCUGGAUUCUCGAAAAUCCGAGACGACAUAAUCUAAUGAUACUAUUCUAGUUUUAAGUUAGUCAUUAAUUAGGAUUAGAAAAUACCCUUGACAUCUUAGAGUUUAAGCAGUGUGCCUAAAAAUAUAUUAUUUUAUUGAAUAAAAAAUAAAAAAAACGGCUAAAAACACUGGUUCCAGCUACCAUGGGGCCCAGUUUCCGAUUCCGGAGGCACCGGAAAUAGUUGUCAUAUUGUCACCCCAAAUGGAUCUCAUUCACUUUCCAUCGCUGAGGAAAUUUGACCAAUUAUCACAAACUUAGAUUCAAAUGAAAAAUCCUGUGGUCCCAUGCGGAAUUCCUGAUUUUCAUCUGGAUCUGACUUCCGGUUCCGGAAUUAUAAGGUGAAAUGUGUUUAAAAUUUUAUAUCAUCACUUAAAGGGGUGAAACAAAACUCUAAAAAAAAAAAAUCAAAAUCGACAUUAGAACUGCUCCAAUCGGUAGUCAUUAUCAGUAGACGGCUAAACAAAGCGAUUCCGGCUAUUCCUUCAGGAAUAGAAUAAAAUUAUUUUAAUGAAUACCGCAGUAUUAUAUAUGAUAGUAUGAUUGAUACGAGAAGGGCAUCAUUAAAAUGAUUUUUUUUUCUAAUAAUGAAGAUUAAUAAAAAUAAAAACACAUUUUACAGGUGAAUUAUUUUGUCAGGUUAUUGUAUUUAACCAUCUAUCCAGGCCCCCGAACCCGACGAGAAGAAAAAACAUUCUUACAGAAUUUCAACUAGACAUUUUUUACUUACAUUAUGAUAGAGUUUAUUCACUUGUUUGGUAUUUAACUUCGCUCGGGAAGCAGUCGCUCUGCUAGUCGCGCUCAUUAAAAGGCGCUUUGCGCGAGAGCUGGAAAAUGUGGCAUCGUUGCUUAAUCGAUUUUUCGGUCCUCAUGUGUGCUCUGGUUGAAACCGAAAUGAAAUAAAUUAAUGACAUCGAUAGUUGGCCCGGAUUCGUUGGCAAAAUAACUCUUCGACACCGCACAAAUUUCCGCUACAACCCAAAGCAGCAUAUACUAACGUAAGCAAGGUGAGGAACUGUUGCGCGGUUUGAUUGCAUUUUCAAAUUUGACGAAGAUCUAAGUUGGACUCAGAUCGCUUAGAAAUACUAGAAGUUGAAGAAUUUUGUUUGGAACAUAAUGUAGGCUACACAUACAAGGGUGGAAGAGUGUGUGAGAAAGAGAGAGAGAGAGAGAGAGAUCGAGGGACCGGAAGCACCGACCGACCUGUCAGUCAGACAGUUUUGCACAUGAUCUUCUCCAGCGUGCGUGGCUUUCGGUCUGCAAUACUAAGGUUAGCAACCGUGAGUCAAUCUCGACCUUCCGCACUAAUCCUCGUCGCACAGUCGCCGUCGUUGAGAAACUGUUUCGCUUUUCGCUACCACACGCCGUCGUUUGAUAUUGUCCCGAUUGGUGAUCAUAAGCCGCGUCGUCAUACAUUCGACUACCAGAAAAGGAAGGUCACACGACCGCGCAUUGAUUAACUUGUCGCGAAGUCUGUGCGGAGGUGAGUUGAGGUGUUGAGCUUUCCGGGGUUUUUCUGUUUUUGUUAACCACUUCGUAGUGCAUUGAAGUGAUCAUGUUUAAUAAAUUAGUUUCAUUUUCGGCGUUCAUUUUUUUGUUUCCUCUCAAACUGAAAACCGAUGCAUCAGUGCUCGUCUAACUGUCAACCAAUGCAGAUCUUAGUUCUUGUAGUGUGAAGUGUCCUAUGGUGUUUUACAUAGGAAAUCGUUUCGAAUGUCUGUGAGUGCAUCUUAGGGCGGUUCGCGGUAGCAGUCAGAGAAUCAAUCAAAAUCCUAAAAAUGAUUACCAGUUUGCUAGUUUGCACAUUCAUCCCGAUUCUGCUAAGUCAGAUAAUGGUGGUUUGUGCCGAGCGAUAUUAUGACCAGAGCACCUACGACCGAUUCCCUAAGCUAUACAAUUAUGACGAUUUCGAGGAGUGUCGGCGAAAUUAUCGGGAUCAGUACAUCUACUGCGUCGUUCGAGCCCACGUCAAUCCGGAUGACCGAUCAACUUUGUGGAUGAAUUUAAGUCGCUUCUCUGAAGACCCGUUCCGAUAUGAUCGUCGGAUUCAGGAGCGAGGAAUAUGUGUUCAGGAUUGUGAACGUUUGGCGCAAAGUGUGCAACCAUCGGAAGCUGGCCAGGAAGGAUAUACCAGGGCUAAUUUGUUGAAGUCUUGUAUCGAUUUCGAAUUGAGAAAAGAUUACAAUCUUCGAGUCACUUCGGAUGUCGAGAUUUUUCACUGUUAUAGCAAGGCGAACGAUAAUCCUCCACUAGACUACUUGGAGAUACUUUUCAUCGCUAUUGUCGUUCUGAUCCUUGUGCUUGUGUGCUUCUCGACUUGGAAAGAUCUAAGCAUACAGAAAAGCAUGCGAUUCCCCGAGAACUACUUCUCCGGACGUCAUGCCACCAGUAACGAUCGUCUGCUGACUUCAUUUUCAUUACCCCGCAACAUUCGCCAACUGAAGGAUCCGAUCAACGGUGCACUCCGCCAAGAGUUACAGUAUCUUGAAGGAUUUCGAUUCAUCCAGAUGCAUCGUGUCAUCCUGCUACACAUCAUUCUCUGUCUGGUGAAAGCUCCCAAGGUCAAUCCGGAAGCAGUGGAACAUAAGCUGUACACCCCAUUUGUGAUUCACUACGUGGCGGAGUUUCAAAAUUACGUGCAAACUUUCCUGUCCAUAUCGGGAAUGUUGUUGGUGGUACACUUUCAGGAACACAUCCGGAAAAAUCCCCGGUUUAAUUUCAACUAUUUUUGGGAUCGUCUGAUAGCGAGGCUGAUUCGGAUCGUGCCUGCGUAUCUGUUCAUCAUCCUAAUCGAAACGUCGAUAACCCGUCGCUUCAUGGAUGGUCCCAUCGGGCACCACUUCAUAGGAGACUCACGAGCCAAGUGCCGUCAGGUAUGGUGGACAAACGUACUGUUCAUCAACAACUAUGUUCACUCCAAUCGACCGUGUUUAGUUCAGACGUGGUAUCUGUCCACCGAUCUACAGCUGUUCAUCUUUGCCAUGGGAGCCCUGAUGCUAAUCUGGCGAUGGCCCUUUCUCAAGAGAUACAUAUUCGGAGUUGGCUUCGCAAUGGGACUAGCGUGCACCACCGUCAUAGCGUAUGCUCGCUCCGUACCUCCGGUGAUGACCAAGGAUUUGAAACUGAGUUCAGAAUACAACUACGGACAUGGUUACUUUCUGCUGUACCAUCCGUUCCACACGAACAUCACCGUUUAUUUUGCUGGAAUGCUGGCCGGUUUCAUCUACCACCGAUAUCGGGAAUCACGGAAAGAUGUGCUGCAAUCUCGACUUCUGAUGUUCGUAUUUCGUACCGCAGUGGUACUGUACUUUUUCACCUGUUUCUCGGAUGCCUGGGUCGUCCGAAACCAAGCCACACUGCAUCCAAUUCUGUCGGCAAUCUACGCCACCUUGUUCAAGCAUUCCUGGGGAGUGCUUUGUACGGUGAUUCAGCUACGAACUGCUCUGCAACCACGGCGAUCACGCUUUCGGAGUUUCUUCAGUCAUCCGAUCUUUGCCGUUCUGGGCAAACUGUGCUACAGUUUCUAUCUGAUCCAUUUCACCGUCAUUCUACAAGUGAUCGGUUCGAUCAGACAACCGAUUCAUUUCAGCAGUCGAGGUGUGUUCGAGUAUAUGAUGAAUAUUCAGAUGUUCACGCUGCUGUUUGGCGUUUUAAUCUGUGUGCUGGUUGAGCUGCCUUCGCAUACAGCUUUCACGGAACUGGUACAAAAGCUGAAGGAUCGAAGUGCGACCAAACGAGACAAAGAAUCUUCUGCAGAUGAAAGACUGUCUGAUGAGAAGCUGAGAACCAAACGUGAUGACUAGUAAUGACGGAAGUUGUGAGCAGAUGAGCUAAUGAUCGAAAUUAGAAAAUUCUUCAGGAGUUUGAGACGAUUCAUAGCACUCACAAUUUAAGUGUAUCUGGGAAGUCCCAGGUUUGCAGCACACGAACCGUCAGGAUGAAACGCAAAUUUGGCCUGACAUUGAAAAAAAAACCACCAAAGCAAAUUUCAUCGAUAAGUAUUGAUGACUGUCACGGAAAUCCCACUGAGAUCGGGAGGCAACGGAAACUGCUUCCAGAUGAUCGCUAAUAAACGCGUCAGAUAAUUUAUGCACGGGAUUUUUUUCAAGCACGAAUACAAAUCCAUUGUUGGUACCAUGAUUAAGCAAUCAUGAAAAUCAUAAAACUGUCCUUCUCAUGAGACCAUGUCUAUUACUUAUGAUUUGGUGAGCAAAUCCCAUAAAAAUUUUCAUGAUUUAAAUCAUUUUACUCAUAAUAUCAUUAAUAACAGCUAUGAUCUCAUGAGAAGACACGUUUCAUGGUUUUCAUAAUUUCUUAAUCAUAAUACCGGAAAUGGAUUUUUAUCAGUGAGGGUUUUGUACCCUGGUAAAGGAUCAUUUCGUCGAAUUGAAUUAUAUGAAAAAUGUCCAAACAGCUUUCAGUGAAAUGACAUUGUCCCGCUUGAAGCAAGUUUAAGUGUGAAGUGGUGAUUUUUAUUAAGCUUACUUUACCGUUGUCACACGACUUUGUACUAUUAACAGCAUUACGCUUUGAAACUUUAGUUACUAGCUUUAGUUUAGAUAAUUUAUUUUCAAACUUGUAUUGGCAGAUUGUCGCAUAAUAAAUCAAUAGAAUUUCAGAAUAUUUUGCAAAAAAUGAUAACUCAAAGGUAUUUUUAAUUCCACAUAUACAUUUUGGGUUAAAAACAAGACAUUGAGAUCAAAAAUUAUUGACGGUAUUUUGAAUGCCAAAGUAAUAAAACGAAUGAUUGCUAGAAGCAGUGACUCAGUAAUUGUAUUGUAUCAAUGUGGGACAAAACAAAACUUUGCACUUUGGAUCACACUUUUGCUUCAGUGACAGCAAAAUCACAUGGUUCUUGGUUUCUUUUCUGCUUAUUGGCAAAUUUGUAAGCCCGGUUACCAGUAAUGCAAAUAUUCAAGCAAGUUUCAUACAAAAACUAUACUUUUUUGUCUUUCUCAUAUGUAAAGGUUAUGCAAUCACUGUGAAACCCGACUUUUGAACCAAGGUUCGGAUAUACAAUACCAUCACAAAGGGGACGGGUAUAGCGUGAUGGGUAAGUCGAUGCCCUUUCACGCAGCCCACCUGGGUUCGAUUCCCAACCCCGCACAUAGGGUCAGAAAUUUUUUCUGGCCCGAAGAGGCGAAUGACCGUAAGGUUAAAACCUCUAUAAUCGAAACAAAAAAAAAAUACCAUCACAAAGCCUGCUAUUGAAUUUCAUUUGGAUCCGAUUGCCGGUUCCGGAGUAAUAUGUGAAAAUAUGUGAAAAUUAAGUACAAAAUAUGCACACGAUUUUCUCGGAAAUGGCUUGAGCGAUUUUCACGAACUGAGAUUCAAACGAAAGGACUUAAAAUUAUUAAAACAUUUCAUCCGGUUUCCGUACUAGAGCACGAUAAGUGGAAAAUUUUCAAUAUCAUGUGUUUUUUUCAUAAACGAUAGCAAACAUAAAUACAAAUCCUAUAAAACUGACGGAUAAACUCUUCUAGUUUGCAGAACUUGUUUGUGAGCUUAUGAACUUGAUUCGACACUAAUAGUUUCCCAUUUCCUUCCAAAGUAGAACUCACUUCGAUUUCUCAGCGAUGCUUGAACUGAUCUUCACAAAUCUUAGUUUAAAUUCAAGCUCAUUUUGUCUCAAAAACUACUGUGUAAUUUCAUCCGGAUCUGACUUCCGGUUCCGCAAUUACAGGGUGAUGAGUGUCAAAACUUUUUGUCAGUUCUAUUAUCCUAUAUACAAUUUUUUGCUGCUGAAUUUGCUCUUAGAUUACCAAUAGCUAGCUGGAAUGUGCGUGAACGAAGCAGACUGAUAUUGUAUUAAAUAAAAAAUUCGAUGAAAAAUAAAUAAAUGAUGGAAGAAAACCAUAAAACGACUUUGCUUUGAAAAUGAAGUGUAUUUAUAGUUCGGUUUUCGGCAUCACUAUCUAGGAUGAGCACUAGUUCCUGGUUUGUUUUUUCUGCUAAUGACUUCGUAAUACCCCCUUGGAAAUGGUUCUUGGGACUACUGUUGAUAUAGACUUAAAUUACAUAAUUUUAAAUCGUUUUAUAUUCAAUUAAAUCCUUCUUUGGAAAUCUCUACUCACAUCCAAUCCGCUUGAACAAGAUCAGGAAGCUUGCCAACUGGAAAGUGUCUUUUGGCAAAAUUAUUUAAUAAAUUUUACGCUCAAAACCAUCAUUCAUAGCUAAAUAAUUUCCGCUCUCAGUGCCAAUGAGGUGGAACGCAAACUAUUGUGAUUUAAUAGUAAUUAUUCUAUAAAUCACACCCCGGUGGCACAAUUAUUACCUACAUACAACUGGCUCCAAGCCAAAUUUUUUGGUUCUCUGCUUCUAUUUCGCUGUGUUAAGCAGUGUUCAUAUCUUUCUUCACGUGGUAGCACCAAAAUAAGUGAACUAUUUCGCAAGAAUAUAAACAAACUAUAUCAAACAUAAACUGUUUUCGACGGAAUGUCGAACCGACGUUUGUACAGAGAACACAAAGCUAGAAUUAUACUUAUAUUACAUGCAAUUAAAUUUUAACAGGUUUUGGAUUGUAUUUACGGAUACGGAUCAUUCUGUUCAUUGUUUGAAGUUGAAACAGAGACAUUCGUUGAUAAGAUGACUUCUGCUCUGGAUUCACUCGAACUCGGAUGUUCUGAGUUCGAAUGAAAUCAAAUAACUUUGAUAACUUUUCUAAUUUGGUAUGCAAAAAAUCUGUAAAAUGAUAUGACAAUAUUCAACCAUUUUUCGUUAAUAUCUGGAAAAAUAAUGCAGUUUUUGAGAAAAUAAUGCAAAAACUGUAAAUUUUUAAAGGUCGAUCCAUAGAUCUACGGAUAAAUCCGUAGGAUUGGCAUCUCUGCCUAUUGCUGUCAAUGGGCAAAAAUCAUUGCAAAAUACUUCGGAUAAUUCGUCCGUUUGGACUGUUUUGCUGGGUAUCGAGUUCUGAAUCAGUCAGGUUUUUUCAUUAUUUACUCAAAAAUAGCAUUAUUUUCCUUGAUAUCAACGGAAAAUGAAUGAAUAUUGUCACAUCAUUUUUACAGAUUUUUUUGCAUGCCCAAUUAUAAACGUUAUCAAACAUCUUUUACUGAUUAUUCAUUUUUUGAAGCCUGUGUUUAUCACUUAGAAAUCUACACUCUCAUUGAACAUAACUUAAAAUUGAGUGACACAUCACUCAAAUUCAUAAAAAGUGCACGUACUCUAAACUUGAGUUACCACCUAUCUACUCAUUUUUGCUUUAAGGGACGAAAUUGUCAAAACUUGAGUAAUUUUUACUCAAAACAAGUAAAAAAUAUUUUGUUCAAAAUUUGAGUUCCUUGCUCUCAAAAUGAUGAAAUUUUUCUACGUUAGUUUUCGUAUACAAAAAUAUUCUUCUUCCUUUUAAAUGCGCAAAAUAGUGAUUCAAAACCGUUUCCUUAUUUUGAAAUCUUUAUGUUGCACUUUUCACUAAGUAUAAUUGAAACCACAAAACAUCUAUGAUCGACGUUGAGUCAUGUUUUCGAAACCGGAUCUAGAAACGGCAAUGGAAAACGACGUAUUCUUGCAUUCUUUAUUUCGAUAAGAAUAUUCCGAGAAUGAAAUCGAACUGAACUGCAAGAAGUAUUUUAUUCACUCAAAUGUUUAAAAACUCAACGCUUACUCUGAUGUAUGAAUAAAUGCGAGAGAACUCAUGGCAACGAGUUUAUUUUACUCAAAUCCAUACCCAAAUUUUGACAUAUUGUUCCAGUUCAUGAAUUUGAGUAAUCGCAACUCAAACCAUGAGUUAUGUUCAAAGAGCGUGUAAGCCCUUUAUUUUUCGUAGGUUUUUGAUUUAUUAAUUUAUUUGUAUUCGGUUCGUACAUUUAUGGAUACGUUUAGUGUGUUGUUUUGUCCAUAUUAGGAGCGAUGAGUGGUCAGUCAAAAGAGUUCCGCACCGCAAGUUCGUAUCAAAGGAGCAUGUACGAGUAUAAGAGUAGACUUGGAGCCGAAUUUACGGAUUUAAUCUCAGAAAAAAAGUAGCAUCACCGGCUGUACACCCUCAUUGAACAUAACUGAAAACUGAUUGACACACCACUCAGAAUUCAUAGAAAGUGCGCGUACUCUAAGUUUGAGCUACCACCUAUCUACUCAUUUUUGAGUUAAGAGACGAAGCUUUCAAAAAUUGCGUAUUUUUUAAUCAAAAUAAGAAACAAUUUUUUUGGAAAAUUUAAGUGAGUUUAAUUGAAAAUUUGAGUUCUUUGCACCUAAAAUAAACAAUCUUUUCUUCGUUAAUUUUAUACACAUGGAUUUCUAGUCCAAGUCAUUCUUCUUUCUUUUAAAUGGGAAGCGCAAAAAAAUGAUUCAAAAUCAUUACCUUUUGAUUGAUUUGGAGUCAAAAUUGAAUGAUUUUGAUAUUUUUAUGUUACACGUCUCACUUAGCAUAAUUGGAACCGUAAAAUUUUAAUUGAAAACAACUAUAAUUGAUGAUUCCUGGUUUCAAAAACCGGAUCUAGAAACGGCCAUGAAAACGACGUAUUAGAAUAUUCCGACAAUGAAAACGCACUAAACUGCAAGAAAUGUGAAAACUUAACGCUUACUUUAAUGUAUGAAUAAAUGCAAGAGAACUCAUGGUCUGAAUAAAUUUUUCUCACAUUUUGACAUAUUCGUCCAGUUUAGGAAUUUAAGGAAUCUCAACUCAAACCAUGAGUUAUGUUCAAAGAGCGUGUAGGGUAACAGAGGUAUUUCUGGCCACUUUAUAUAUUUAGGUCCACCUUACAAACUUUAUGGAUUUCAUCGAUGUUAAGUAACUCAUGUUGCAUCAACAUUAAAUUACCUAUUGCGGAAGGGGUUUUUCAAAGUUUUUACAACAUUUGGUGGAUAUUUUUACAAAGUGGGCCAAAAUACCUAUUUUAUCCUUUGUCCUAUAAUAGAAACUACACGCUUACGAAAAGUUAAACAAAAUGAGUAAGUUCCACUCAUUUACCGAAAAAGUGGAGCAACUCUAAUUUAGAGCUAGGACAGGACCUGACAAUUGUUAAUCCACUUUUAGGACCAAUUUCGGACCAGCUCGUGAUUGGUUGAAAUUGACAUAAGCAAGUACAAGUUGUUGAAAUCAAUAUUAUCGCAGGGUGGUAGAAAAAGUGUUGUCAGUAUCGCUGGUAACAAUGCUUGAGAUUGAAUAUUUUAUUUUUCAGGUCAUCUUUUCAAAAUUAUUAACUUCAAUAGGAUUUAAGUUCAAUUUGUUUUUAAGUCCUGUCAAUACGAAAAGUAUACGAGUACAUUUAACAAUCACUGGAUGAUACAAAGAGAAAGCCUGUAAUCACGAAGUGUGAUAUGGACGAGAAUAUUGAUUAUGUUGGUUGAAAAUAGCACCGAAUCUUUGGACACUGCUGUAUCUUAUUAUUUUUCUCAAAUAGAAUAUGUUGAAUACUUUAGUUAAUAAAGCUGCAAGAAUUAAUUACCCAAAAUUGAAUGUUUUAGAAAAAUUUUAUUCAGCUGUUUCAACUAAACGUUUUCUUCAAAACAAACAUCUGAUCAAAAUGAAUCCAGAGCUAUAUUUUUGACCGAUAUAACAUUUGUUAAGUGUUUUCAGAUGAUAAAUAAUUGCAUGUUAUAAGGGGAGAAAGUUUUCAGAAUGAAUAAUUAUCUCUACUGGCAAUAGUGAUCGCGAGGUAUUUAUUAUUUUCAGCAGGGAGCAACCGGAAUACGAAGAGAAAUAUUUUUCUGGAAAAAGAAGCCAGUUGUCUGGUCCUGUCCUAGAUUUAGAGUAACUUCUUAGUUACUCAAAUUUGAGUUUUUUCACGAUGUUUAUGGGUAAAAUCAACUCAUUUACUGAGCAAUACUUUAUUUGUACACAAUCCCAAAAUUGUGUAAUUACUUCUCAAAUUUGCAUUUGAUUUGCAAUUGCGUAAUUACCA